AGAAAUCUUGGGCAGAUGCUGCUGAUUGGCCGGAAAGGGAGAGAUUGUGAUUGGGUCGCUAAUGAGCUAAUCUAGAUCACGUGAAGCAGUGCAAAUGGUGCAAACAAGCUGAAGCUUGGGCCAACUUAUCAAGCUUGGCAUAUUGAAGGCAGCUCCGGCGUCGCGUUCACCUUACCAUCAUCUCUGUCUCACCAACAACAAGCUUCACGCCACCCUACGAGACCUUUGGAGCCGUCCUCCUCCCUGUCCGGCCAUUCUCUACCCUCCGACUACCCCUCCACUCCUUUCCUCGUCGCUGGAGCCCCUAGCUACAUACAAAACACCUCCCAGCUUCCUUCAUCAUGGAGGUACUUCUCGGCAUUACCGGUAAAGACUUCACGAUCAUCGCGGCCUCUAAAGCUGCUAUGCGAGGCGCCACCAUUCUCAAGGCCUCCGAUGACAAGACACGAGAACUCAACUCGCAUUCCUUGAUGGCAUUCUCAGGCGAGGCUGGUGAUACUGUUCAAUUUGCUGAGUUCAUCCAAGCAAACAUCCAAUUGUAUUCCAUGCGCAACAGCAUGGAGCUGUCACCAUCUGCCACCGCAAACUUUGUCCGAGGAGAGCUUGCUAGAGCGCUGCGGUCAAGGAGACCAUAUACCGUAAAUCUGUUACUGGGAGGGUAUGACAAGAUCGCCGACAAGCCGUCGUUAUACUGGAUCGACUAUCUGGCGAGCUUAGCUCCCGUACCAUACGCUGCACAUGGCUACGCUCAGUACUACUGUCUCUCUCUCCUCGAUAAGCACCAUCAUCCAGAUAUCGAUUUCCAGCAAGGCAUGAAGAUUCUGCGCAUGUGUACAGAGGAACUGAAACGACGCCUUCCCAUCGACUUCAAGGGGGUUACGGUCAAGGUGAUAACAAAGGAUGGCAUUCGAGAGCAGGAGUACGAGGAUGACCAGAAAGUAGUGGUUCCAUGAUCUGAUCAUGCUGCGUGACGGUAGAACGCAAUGGAGUUUUGGUAGCUUGGGGCAAGUGUACAGUACGUCCUGCAGAUAGACAUGUCACCGACUCGAGCGGAAGCGGACUCGGAGGAGCUGUUCGCAGAGGGCAUUUAAAUGGACAUGAUAAAUUCAUUGCCUCUACUUCGCUCUACAAAACUCCUAUACUUCUUAAGUUUGAUUGUCGUUUUGUGUUCUAAGAAACUCUUUCCAUU